UUUUUUUUCAACUUUAUACUAGUCCCACUCUCUCUCUCUCUUCACUAUGACCAACUCAUUCACCGAGUCCAGCUCUUUCACUGCCUCCUCUUCCUAUGUCGAGGAGAAUGGCGAGGUUAUCCACCGCUCUACCAACUUCCAGUCUUCCCACAGCCAGAGCACUACCUUGACCAUCGUUGCCCACGGUGCUUCUGAGUUGAUCAAUGUCGAGACCAUGGGCAAGCAGGAUCCCUUCCUCCAGUUCUCUCUCGACUACACCAAUGCCAAGUCCUACCAAAAGACCUUUACCCACAAGAAGGCCGGUGCCGAGGCUACCUGGAACCAGACCUUUGUCUUGCCCCUCCAGGGCCAGCCCGAUCUCUAUAUCGAAGUCAUGGACGAGGAGUCCACCUUUGCCGAGGUCAUUGGUUUUGCCGCCAUCCCCAUCAACCAGGUUGUCCAUGCCCAGGGUGCCACCUUCAACGGUAUCUUUGAGAUCUUUGCUGUCAAUGGAAAGCGUGCCGGUCAGGUUCACUUGACCUUGUCCGCCCAGGGCUUCCCCAACUCUGUCACCCAAUCCUUCGAGCAGCAGGUCAUCCGUGGCCAGUCCUACAUCAAGGAGGAGCAUCUCAAGCGCGUCAAGUCUCUCAGAAACAAGGCUCUCGGCACUGACAUCGCCAUGGGUGUCUUGGGCAGUGCUCUUGCUGUCGGCGUCGGAUUUCUCGGCAAGAAGACCUACUCUGACCACCAGAAGGCCGAGGAGGAGGAGGCCCAGAAGGAGGCCCAGGAGAAAGAAGAAGAAGCCAGACGCGUCGAGGAGCGCGAGACCUUUGAGCGUGAGAAGCGCGAGUUCGAGGAGCAAAGAGUUGCCGCCGAGACUGAGCGCAAGCAGCGCGAGGAGCGCGAGGAGAGCCACAGAGUCCAGCAGACCAACACCCGUCGCCAGGAGUCCGAAAGCCACAACUCUUCCGAGCGUCGUGAGGAGUCGUCCUCUGAGCACCGCGAGAGUUCUUCCAAGUCCAAGUCCAAGAAGCGUGAGGAACGUCGCAACAGAGGUUCCGGUUCCGACUCUAACUCUGAUUCUGACUCUGGUUCCGACUCUGACUCUGAUUCCGGCUCUGGUUCUGAUGAAGAGAAGCGCUGCAGACGCAAGGAAAAGAAGGAGAAGAAGGAGAAGAAGAGAUGCGAGCGUAAGGAAAAGCGCAACAACAGCUGUGAGCGCAAGGAGAAGCGUGGAAGCGGUAAGGAAUGGGAUCCCGUUGGCACCUACUCUACUGGUGACCGCGUCAAGUACCAUGGCCACACCUAUAUCUGCCUCCAAGGCCAUUCUUCCAACCCUACCUGGAAGCCCGACGUCGCCCACUCUCUCUGGGAAAGCGCUUAAAUAAUGUAUAUUUCAACAAGUCUUUUCUUUUAUCUUUCUCUCCCUCCCCCUCUCCAUCUUCUAUGUGAAUACUGAAACAAAUAAAAAUAAAAAAUAAUUGUAAAUGCUAAAUGGGGCAUAUUUCCCAAGCAAAGCCAGCUAUUCAUAACACCCUU